UCUCCACGUAUGAUAGUAUCGUAGGUGAAGAAUAAGUAGUUUUCCAAAACCCGGAAGAACUUGUCUUCUUAGUAUGUCCUUCUCAUUGGCGUAAACACUGACUAAACUGAUUUUCCUUUUAUUUAAUUCUAUGUCAAACGAGCAUAGACGUUCGUACUCGUCGUGCCUGAAUCAUCAGUAAAUGAUUUGAUUUCACCUGUAAGUGUAACUGUAAAUUUUCAUCAGAUGAUCAAAGUCUGAAAGUAUAACUAGUAUGGAGUCUUCUAAAAUUGCCAAAUUAAAUAGCCCAGCUCUGGAGGAGUAUGAACUGCUUGGAGAUCCAAAGUAUCGAUCUUAUGUUUCAGCUGUGGAUAAAGCAUUGAAGAAUUUUGAAUAUACAAGUGAAUGGGCAGAUCUAAUAUCUGCUCUUGGCAAGUUAAAUAAGGUUCUUCUCAGUCAUAUCAAGUACUCUGUGAUACCUCGAAGGAUAACCAUCAGCAAGCGACUGGCCCAGUGUAUGCAUCCUGCUCUACCUGGAGGUGUCCACCUUAAGGCUUUAGAGACUUAUGAUUUAAUUUUCAAGUGCAUUAAAACUGUUCGUCUCAGUCAAGAACUCUUUAUUUAUAGUGCUGGCCUCUUUCCACUCUUUGGAAAUGCUGCAAUGAAUGUAAAACCUGCACUUCUAACUAUAUAUGAGAAACACUUUAUUCCUCUUGGAGAGAUGUUACGUCCUGGACUAAAUGGAUUUUUGACUGGGGUACUUCCAGGGUUAGAAGAAGGAUCAGAAUAUUAUGACAGGACAGACUUAUUACUACAAAAAGUCAGUGAAGCAGUGGAGAGCAGUUACUUUUAUGGUUGCAUGUGGAAAUGUAUACUGUCCAAUCAAAGUGUACGAUUACCAGCUGUAGGUUUUAUAACAUCACAUUAUAACAAGAAAUUAAGUAUGGAAGACCAGCUUUAUCUCAUUGGAACAGAUAUUGAUACAAUGGUCCAAGCUUUAUGCGCAUCAGUACAGGAUUCUAGUGUUUUAGUUCAGAGAAGCACUCUGGACUUCCUUCUGUUAGGCUUUCCAAUGCAUAAUAGUCAGCUGGUAAAGACUGAUAUGGUUCGUGUGGUCACAGCUGCCAUUACUGUUUUGCUGCGAAGAGAUAUGUCACUAAAUAGACGCCUGUUUGCAUGGCUGUUGGGAACAGAAACCAAUUUAGCUAAAGGAGACCAGCACAUGGUUAAUCGGUCUGAGAGUGUGAACAGCACAGACUCUGAUGUCUACAAUCUCUAUUUUGAGACAAAUUCCAAAGAUCUUCUUUUGAAAGGGAUAAGAGUAUGCCUCCAUGAUCCUGUUUCUGUGUUAGCUUCACCAUUAGGCCAUUCUGUUUCUUCUGAUUUGUGGUCAUACCGCCUUCUCAUCAGUCUUUUGGAUAGACCAGAGAUUAGCACAAGCAUUUUGGAUGACAUUCUUAUAGAAGUUUUUAGAUCACUUUAUCAUGAGUGUUCUUCUCGACAAGGUUCCAUAUCAGUUGAAAGUACUGGAGAAAAACAUGGGAUAAAUAAGGACCAGAUAACUUCCAAAAACCAUAAGGAACUUGUCAAGACAGCAAAUCUGCUAUUUAGCACACUCGAACCUUGCUAUUUGUGGCAUUAUCUUGCUAGAUGUUUCCAAGAGAGCUGUCAUCGCAACAAAUGUGCAGAUAGUGGGAGCUAUUGUCCCAAAAGAAAUUCAACUGCUGUUGAGCAUGUUGGAGCAGGUCCACCAAAUAUUCAAGAAGUUGGUUGCCUUAUUGACUUUCUUUUAGAUGUUGUUUCUUUGGAAACAUAUCUUGAGACACCAACAGAGCAUCUUCCAGACUUGCUCAAUCAAUUAGGCAGUGCAUUAGCCGAACACUGUGAAGCCCUAUCUCCUAUGGAAAUAUGUGAUUCUCUGAAUGUGUGUUCCCAUAUCCUUAGUAAGGCUCAGCCCCUGUUUAUUAAUGUACCAACUGAGACUUUUCAUGAUUUUCAUGUUGCAAAAGAAACUUCAGAAUGUGAUAAACUGUCAUCUAGUUCUGUAGAAAAUAUUGAUAAUGAGAAAGACACCUCACUAGUACCAGAAGAGCAGUCAAAUCUUGGUUCAAAAAGCUGGGAAGAGAAACCAGCGGAGUUGACACUUGGUAUCCAAGAAUCAUCAUUACCUAAUAAACAUAAGCUUGAUAAUCAGAUUUCAUUAAAAGCAAAGAUUUCAGCUACAAAACUUCAGCACAAGUCACCUGUAACUCAAUGUAUAAAAAAGUUUCAGGAAUUUUUUAUUAAAUUUGUUAAAAAUAGAAUCCUGAAAGACUCGGAAGAAGCUGUAGCUUGUUUUUUGAAACUAUGGCUUAGCAGAAAAACCAGUGAAAAGACAAGGAAUGAAAAACUUGAUCAGCUUCUCAACAUGUGUUUACAAGAUAGCAGGUUUCAUGGAGUACUUGAUGAUGGAACCAAUUUCCUCAUUAAUCUUUAUGAUAAGCACGUGGAAAACUUGCCAGAAGCUAUUUUAAACAAAAAUGCAGUUCAACUUUCAGAAGAAGCUCAUGCAUUUUUGGAAAGUUUUCAGUCAAUUUGCCAGCUUCUUGUGGAUAUGUCUUCCUUUCCAACAUUCUGUACCUCAGACAAGACUCUAUUAGAAACAGUUGUGGAAGAUAAUGACACUUCACUACCAGAGUGGCUACAGCUGCUAUUGGUUCUAGCCUGUUUUUUGAAUGAAGAGAAUUUCCUUUUCACUUCUAUGAUGACAGCACUUGAUCUGAUAGCUCUGACCAAGUCAAUGACCAUUCAGACUGAUCCUGAGUCACUAUCCACCUCCUCAGCACUCCAGACUUCAUCGUCAUCAGGUGUUGUUUCAGUAGUUAUUGUACCAACCAUUCCAAAGUCAAAUCUGCAGUUCUUGGGAGAAGAAACAGUGUUUUAUCAAGUAGCUACUGCCAAACUGUGGCAUUUCUUGGCUGCAAGUAGUUCAAGACUUCAUCUCCGAACUGUUCACUUGUUACAGCAGCUACACAACCUGGCACCAACUGGGGAUAUCUGUGAAAUUGUGAUGUGUAGAGCCUUAGUUGAUGAAAAGGAACAGGUUCAGAUAGAAGCUCAGAAAAAGUUCUGUGUUUUGUGGCAUCUCACUCGAGAUCUUCGACUAAAAUCAACUCCAAGUAGCAUGAUGAGAGCUUUUGAUAGGUGCUUGUUCCUGCUUUUGGAUAGUCUAGGUAGGGAAACAGGUCCCCAGAAAUCUGUUGCACAGGGCUGGUUAAACCAUGCUUUACAACGUGGGGACAUUGCACGGAUCCUUGAACCCAUUUUGCUGAUUCUUCUUCAUCCUGACACUGCCAGAGUGUCUAUUCAGCAUGUGAAUGUUCACCACUCUCAUAAACUUAGGGUCACAGAUCAAAAUACUAAGGAAGAAGGAAGUAUUGAGACUAAGAUUUAUGCUAUAAGCAGUGAAGGAGGGAAUGUUAUCUACCAUGUUAAUGAUGAGUGUGUUUCACCUUCUCAGCAGAACAGCCCAGAAAAGAAAAUCCUUGCUCUUACAUCAAUUAUUAACAUGGAAAACAAGAGAGGGUCAAAGUUUAUCACUGCCAAGUCAUUGAUUCAAGACUUGGAACUUCCAUAUUGUCAUGAGCGAGAUGCCUCACUUCCAAUAUCUUUAUUUGUGAAUCCUUUUGGGUCUUUAACAUCCUUAACAAGUGAUGCUAUGGGAGAGACAACAGGUACCCCAGAUUUAAGUAAUGCUAAAAGAAUUGAUGCAUCAUAUAUUGCAAGAAAAAGUAGUUCAUUUGAUGAUUGUGAGAUGUGGUCAGCAGCUGAAUUAAUGGAAAGCAAACAGUCAGAUGUGAAUGAAAUUGUUGCAGCUAUUGUCUCUGAACUUGUUACUGCUGUUGUUGAAGGUGAAAAGGAAGAAAAAACAACUGAGAGUUCAGCAUCAUCUUCAGAAUAUGGUUUGGAUGAUGUGUUUAUGGAUAAUGACAGCCAAAAUAGUGAGAAGUCUGGUGGAACAGUUGUAAAUGAGAUUAGUAGACAGCAGAAUGAUCAAGAAGGAAUUUGCAAGUCUCAAGAAGUAACCAUCCACCCUCUUCAUAGUCAUCUGCUUUUAUAUUGUCAAGUAUAUGAUUCUAAAAAAACACUAUAUGCCUUAUCCUCUUUAAAAGCAGUUAUACUAACAAACCCUCGAAUUGCUUUGUGUAACAUGGCCACUACCAGCAUUAGUAGCUCUUUGAGCUACCGGGGUCAACAUCUUCAAAAUCUAAUGGCUCGCCACCGCAAAUCAGUUCUUGGUAACAAUUUCAAUGGGGACCAAAGUAACGAGUCUGCUACUGCUUACCGUAGUAGCAUGUUUGUAGAAGUGGUUGUCUCUGUCUGCUUGUAUUACAUUCGAAGCUACUAUCCUAACCUGCCUCAAGUCCAUCUUACCACAGAAGAAAUUAUUGGGAACCGAAAUGUUCGAUUGCUUUGCAUUGAGGUUCUUACUUUAGUUUUCUCUGAGCUUGUAGCUAUUGUCAGAGAUAGUGGUAAAAGUUUUGCUAUCUAUCUAAAUGAUCUGCUGUUAAGGUGUAAGGUACAGAAAACACUCCUUCACUGUUUAGUAGCUAGUGUAGUAAAUUUUCAAACUAAACACUUCUCUGAUGAAGAAACUUUCACUGAAACUAUUGUCAAGUUUAAUGAACUUUGUAUGACGGAAGGUGAAGAUUCAGGAGAAUGUGGAUUCCAAGACACUUUUCUUGUACACAUAUUGAGACUUAUAACUACUCUGAUUGUGCUGGAGAAUCAGGUUUCCAUUUGGAGUACGUCUGAAGGAUCAGGGACUAAGGCAGACCCAAGACCAUCAAAAAUCCAGUUGCAAGCACAGAUGUCUUCUGUUAAGUACCAACCAGGAAUCUCAAUUCCAUCGCAGCCCAUGUUCCUCACAGCCCUUCUUUGUGCUUUGAGACAACACCAUAAGGCUCAUCUUCACACACACUGGCUCAGUUUGCUUAUAUCUUCAUUGAGAUUUGCUGGUCGUUCUCUCACUCAUCUUGUCCUUUCUGUGGUCAGCCAGCUUUGUCACAACUUAGAAGAUGCUGUUAAAAUUCACAUUAUCACAGAAGAUUGUAUUAGGGAACAAUCUGCAUCUAAAGAAGAAUUUCAUGCUCCUCCAGACUAUUUGGUUACAUUAGUAGAGAGCUUGACAACACUCACUCACUACUGUCUACUGGAUACACCUGCUCCAAUCUCCACCCCUGUUAAUCAGCCACUGUUGCCACCUAUGCCUUCUCAACCAUAUGCACCUGGAAUCAAUGCCUCGCAGAUCAUAUCCAACCUUUUGCAUGUCUUCUCUACUUCAGACUCUCAGAAAGAUCAGUCAGCAACUAGGGAACCAGGGAGUGCCCUUGAUCCAAUUCUUACAACCCGCCGAGCUCUUUUGAGCAACAUGCCUCGUAUUUUGGCUGCCCUUACAUUAGUCUGGCAAGCUGUUACUGAGUCAGAGAAGAAUAGCCAAAAUCAACCAGUCUCGUGGUGGAUUAUGGGCUCUUCAAAGACUGUGAAACAGAAUAUUCUCAGUCUCCUCAGUCCUAUUGCUCUACACCAUGGGAUCAGCUUUAUGGCUGCUGUUGCUGUAGUUUGGUAUGAUAGAAGACACAAAGGUACUUUUCCCACAAGAAAGGUGAUUCCACCCUGGACCCAAAGUCAGCUUUUGCUAGUGGAGUUAGUAGCAGCUAUAAAAGUGGUUCCUAUGGAGUCUGUAGUUCAAACUGUUCGACAAGUAAUUAAACAACCACCUCCAACAUCUCAUGACAAGAAUAAAAGAGCUCCACUUGAAGUUAGUAUGCUUCAGUUCUUCCUGACAUAUGUUCAGAAUACUCCUGGUAGCCAGUUGGUGGAGUCAUUCCAGUCUUUGUUGGGUUUGUGGCGUGAUGGUUUACAACUUACUUCUCUACCACCUGUUCAAUUUCACCUUCUAGUUAUCUUGCAUGAAUUUGUCCAGCGUGCACCACUUCUUGAAGAAAAAAAAGACCAGAAAGAGCUGCAGGACAUAGCACAAAAACUAGUAGAAGCCUGCAGCACAAUAGCAGCAGCAAGCUUAGAGCAGACGACCUGGCUACGACGGAACCUUGCUGUGCGACCAGGACCUCAACAAGAUCUUCCAGUCUCCAAUGAAGAAAACAUUACACAAACAACUUCUUCAAAUUCAGUUGGAAACUUGGUUCAUGUAGCCACUAUUCACAAUACCAGUAGUUUGACUUCCUUUGUUGGUCAAUACACUGUCCAAGCAUUGUUUGUUCUUGCUGAGUUUCUGAUUCCUGUUUUGGACAUUGUAUAUGUAAGUGAAGAAAAGGAAAAAGUAAUUCCUCUACUGACAAGCAUUAUGUACUAUGUGACACCAUAUCUUCGUAACCACAGUACUCAUAAUGCACCAAGUUUCCGAGCAUGUUCUCAGCUUCUUGCAAGUAUGUCUGGUUAUCAGUACACCAGAAAGGCCUGGAAGAAGGAUGCUCUGGAACUCUUCAUGGACUUAGUGUUCUUCCAAAUGGACAUUACAUGCAUGGGACAUUGGAGAGCUAUUAUUGAUCAUCUGAUGACCCAUGACAAGACAACCUUCAGAGAUUUUCUGGCUCGGGCUUCCAUGGCUCAUCCAGGCUCCCUCAAUCUCUUCAGUAGCAAGGAGCAAGAGUACGAGCAGAGAUCUCAGUUGCUGAAAAGAUUGGCAUUUGUUCUGUUCUGUAGUGAAACUGAUCAGUAUCAAAGGUACAUGCCAGAUAUACAGGAGCGUCUAGCAGAAAGCCUGCGGCUACCACAAGUGCCAUCAGUCCAAGCUCAGGUGUUUCUGUGCUUUCGUGUCCUAUUGCUGAGGAUUUCUUCGCAUCACUUGACCUCACUUUGGCCUGUGAUAGUCACUGAAAUGGUCCAGGUGUUUUUACAAAUUGAGCAUGAACUUAUGACUGAUACAGAAGAGUUCAGAAGGGUUCCCAGCUCACAUCUUCGUCGUCUCUCAACUCUUGACAGCUCGUGGGUGACCAGUACAAGCAAUGGAUUAAAUGCUCAUAACAACCCAGCAUGGCUACAACUGUAUCUUUCUGCUUGUAAGCUAGUUGAUUUAGCUGUAGCCUUACCUGCUGACAUGUUGCCACAGUUUCAAAUGUAUCGCUGGGCUUUUGUUGGUGAUAGCCCUCCUCUUUCCUCAGAAAACCAGUGCAAUAAUAACAUUGAUAGGAAUGGAACUUCUGAUUUCAUACCUCAUAUUGUUAGAUUGGCAAGGUUGAUUAACACAAGGGUGAAAGGCUAUGAACAUAAAACUUAUGUUCCUGGAUGCCUCCUGCUAAAGAUGAACACCAUCAACUCCUUAAACCAGCUCCAACCAUUCUUCAAUGCUCUUGCUGAUGUACAUGUUAACCAAGCAAAGCAACCACCUGUUAAACAACAAAACUUUGCUACAGAUCAGGAGUUUCCUACCAUUAGCAUAACCAAGUCAAGAUCAGCACCAGACCUCAGUGAAACGAACCAAUUAGGUAAUCUUCUAGAGGACUGUAAGCCACUGACUAUUGUCCAACAAAUUGAAUGUGUGAUGGAACGUGAUUUUUUAGAGCCACGGAUGUCUUCAUGAUAACAUCCUUCACUAUUUAUAGUGUUGGUAGUUAUUCAAGACGAAACAAAAAAACCCUGAUCUGCACUGACCAGCAUGGUUUAUUUUCAUAAGGAAAAAUUGUUUAUAUUUGUAACUUAUAAAAAUGUCUUAGCCAAACAAAAACAGCAUAUAGAAAGAAAAUGUUAUUAACUUUUGUUAAGGUAAUGAGAAAAUGUAAUUCAAUCUCAGGAAACAUUUCUUUACACAGAUAAUGUUACUAAUGAGACCAUAAGACAUACAUUACACUACCAUUGUUGACUAAAAAUUAAAUUCUGUAUAUAUGCAUAUAUCUAUAUUUGAAUUUAAUGAAUAUGGUGUACAAUUUUAACUUUCAUGUUGUUUACUAUAUUUAAUCUGAUGAACAGUGUGUGUGACACAAUUUCUUCAACAGUCAGAGAAAAUAUAAUGGUAAAAAAAUCACAGUUUGGAUGAACUAUCAUUGAAAACAUUCAGAUAGUACAUGUAGGAGUGUAGUUUGUUUUCAGGAGUUUUUUGUGUAAUUUGAAAGUUAGUUGUAAAUUAAUUAAAAGCUGCUGAUACAGGAUAAAUGAUAUAUUGAAAAUGUUAUUCAUGUCACCAGGUGUAAAAAUACUUUUUAUCUUUAGAACUACUUGUGAAAAUAACACAAUUUCUUGAUGCACACAUCCUCUUUCCUGUUACUUGGGUCUAUAGAAACGUUUUGGCACAGUCACCUUUGUAGGUUUCAUGCAGUUUGAAUGUUAUAACUUUUUUUUACUGCUCUAUUACAAACAACCAAACCCCAUAAACCUAAUUGGUGAAUUUAUUUGUUAGAAGGGCAGAAUGAUUAAAUGUGAGACCAGCUGAAAUUCUAUAAAACAAAUCAGUACUAUUUAGUCCAUGGUCAGUAAAAGAAAGGAUGAUGUUUUAAAAGGUAAAACAUUUCAAAGGAGAUUUAUCAAAUGUAUACAAUUGCAUUGACAAAGCUUUUUACUGUGUACAUGUGAGGAAAGAGAGAGUUUUUGAAAGUAUGAGCUUAUGAAGGGAAAUGCAGGUGUUAUAGAAGCAGUGUAUCAAUUGUAGAUGAAGGGAAAUGCAGGUGUUAUAGAAGCAGUGUAUCAAUUGUAGAUGAAGGGAAAUGCAGGUGUUAUAGAAGCAGUGUAUGGUUGUAGAGAGAAAAAAAUUUGCAUAGUUUUUAACUUAAAGGUGUCUAUGCAAACCACUCAGCAUUCAUUGAUAUCUCACCAAAUGUUACAAUAGGCUUCUAAUGAAGCCUAGAUUGUAUAACAGAAAUAUAUAUUAAUGCUUUUCAAGUUGAUGCUUAGCUUAUUAUUUGUUUUCAUUUUUAGUCUGUAUAUCCAAUUUCAUUUUAUUUAUAUAUUAAAAGCAAAGGUACAACAUUUUGAAAUUACUGUCAAGUGAUAUAUAGGUGAAGGAUGAAAAUGUCAAACAUAAACUGAAUUGAAUCUGUAUUAAAUGUUUUAGCUGAAAAUGACUAAAAAGUAUAUCUGUCAGGUAUUGUCCAUCAUUAUCAUAAAAAAUGAGUCCAGGUUUUUUUUAAAUAGAUGAAUAUCAUUGAGUAAUUUGUCUUUCCUGGACGCUUCUCAGUAAGUCUUGGGGCUCAUACUGCUAAAAACUGGGUUUCAAUACUCGUGGUGGGCAAAGCAAAGAUUGCCCAUCAUAUAGCUUUAUGUUUAAUAACAAACUUUCCUGGAUUAAGCAUUCUUUCUCACCAAACCUAUAAAAAAAUACUUACAUUCCUCUCCUUUCUCUCAACCUGUUGUUUAAGGCUUAAUGCUAGUUUUUAUGCAUUCAUUUAGAAAAUUUCAAAAUGGAAAAUAAUAAUUUAUAAUUCAGUUUUUGAAAUGUUUAAAAACUUAAAAUGCCUUCAGUCUUCAAAAAGAAAUACCAAAACUACAAAAUUUUUAUGAAGUAUCAAAAUAAAGUUUUAAUGGAGAAAUUAUUGAAAUGCAAAAUCUAAAAUUAAACUUGUAGAAUAAAGUUCCUCUGAUGUUGGUCUUGUGAUUUAAAAUAGAAAAACAAAUUUAUUUCCGUAAAAGUAACAUUUCAGGUAAGUGCUCAUCAGGCUAAUAGAACUAACUACACAGAGCUUGUACAAAAACUUGUAGAAUGAAGUUGAAUAAAGUUCCUCUGAUGUUGGUCUUGUGAUUUAAAAUAGAAAAACAAAUUUAUUUCCAUAAAAGUAACAUUUCAGGUAAGUACUCAUCAGGCUAAUAGAACUAACUACACAGAGCUAGAAUCAGAUUGUAUGAUAAAAACAUUAAACUUCAAAUCUUCCUAUGUAUUAAGCAUGUGCAAGUCCAACAAAUGCCACAUUUUUAAACACAAACUAACUUUUUGUUUAAUGGCCUCAUCUGAAUUACAGCCGAUAUAUAAAAACUUGUACCACACAUAUAUUAAUGUCUCGCCAAAUACGAUCACAAGGUUGUAACCUAAUCUUAUGAAAAGUCUAAGUCUAUUAACAAAAAUAUAUGUAUACAAAUAUCUGCACUGAAUUUUAAAGAUUUCCAAAUUAUUUAAAUAGCAGUAAUCCAUAUCAAGAAAGUGAUAAUUACCUAAAAUAUAUGGUAAAAGUAAGAAUGUUGAAUGGUAACUUAAUUAUAUGAUAGAAGUGAAGGGUAUCUUAAAUAUAUAAUAAAAGUAAGAAUGCUGAUGGGUAACAAAUAUGUAUGAUAAAAGUAAGAAUGCUGAAUGGUAACAAAUAUGAAUGCUGAAUGGUAACAAAUAUGUAUGAUAAAAGUAAGAAUGCUGAAUGGUAACAAAUAUGUAUGAUAAAAGUAAGAAUGCUGAAUGGUAACAAAUAUGUAUGAUAAAAGUAAGAAUGCUGAUGGUAACAAAUAUGUAUGAUAAAAGUAAGAAUGCUGAUGGGUAACAAGUAUGUAUGAUAAAAGUAAGAAUGCUGAUAGGUAACAAGUAUGUAUGAUAAAAGUAAGAAUGCUGAUGGGUAACAAAUAUGUAUGAUAAAAGUAAGAAUGCUGAAUGGUAACAAAUAUGUAUGAUAAAAGUAAGAAUGCUGAUGGGUCACAAAUAUGUAUGAUAAAAAUAAGAAUGCUGAUGGGUAACAAAUAUGUAUUAUAAAAGUAAGAAUGCUGAAUGGCAACAAAUAUAUACAGGGUUCAUACUGCCAAUGCCAAAAAGAAUUCCAAGACUUUUCCAGUACCUCAAAUACAAAUUUCCAGGUGUGUUCUAAUAUGUAAGGAAUCUAACAUACAUUUUCAGUAACACAUUUUAAUGAUUAUGUAAGAUAUAAUACAAUUAAGGAAAUGUGUAAAUGAUCAAAAAAUUCCACUUUUAUUAUAAAAACAUAGCACUGAUAAGUGUUCUUUAGCUUUCAGCUAUUAAUGAUAGAUAUACAACUCAUAAUUUUGUGCACAAUUAUUUGUUCCAUAGCUCUUUCAGUUUCAAGUCCACUUCUUAGAGCUCUGCUAAUUCCUGACUUUUAGAUUUUGUUGUCUUCUUCAGACUAUUUGAUUGUGUUAUUAGAGUAAACUUUCUGCUUGAUUUGCUGGUUCAUCUGCUUUUUGUUCAAGUUCUUUAUCAGUCAGUAGUCUUGCUUGCUUUUUCUUCAACUCAUCAAUGUUAUCCAAAAGAAUUUGCCUUUUCAUGCUUUGCUUUUCACAUAACUUCUCCUUUAUACUUUGCUUUUGCAGAUGAAGCUGCUACUAUCAUAUUUGGGAUUAUAGGAAUGUUCAGAAUUCCCCCAGUUUUAUCAAUAUGGUUCUUUAUAAUUCUUUGAUCCACAAAUGAUUAUUCUCACAGGUUUUCUCUUUUCAAUGCUUUGUUCACUGAAAAUCCCCGCUUGAUGACCAUGGGAUAGAACCGAAGCAAGUCUCACAAUAUGUCAAACCUUGGCAUAUUACAUUUUGCCAGGUGCAGAGAACAAUCCACAGAAGAAAGUGUCCAAACUCGUGUUUCCAGAAUUGAAGUCCAUAAAAACAGCAUUCUCCUUAGGAACCUUAUCGGAAAGAAGCCGCCUGAAUGCAACCAUGUUAUGGUCACACAAGAUUAUUAAUACUUGCUUCAUUUGAGACACACAUAGAUCAGGAUCAUUUGAUUUGGAUUCAAACACUGUAGAUUCCUCACCACAGAAUACUUGAUUGUUGCCUUCAGCUAUAGUUUCUGUACUAUUGCUUAUGUAAAUUCUUUGAAAUGCGAUCCUAAAUUCCAUUGCCUGCAAAGAUGAUACUUAAGCAGUUUUCAGUGCCUGUUCUGCUUCAAUGCUCACAUCCAUUUUAUUGUGGGCCACUUGAAGUUCUUUUUUUCUAAACAUCAAGGGCAAUGAGUUUCUUUCAUGUCUUACUUGCUUUCUCAGUUUAUUCAUGUUUGAUGAAUAUUUCCAGCAUUUCUGCCAUGUAGUUAGCUAGAAAAGGUAGCAUGGGCCUGUCUGUCUGAUCUAUAGUGAGGAAGGGAUUUAUCAUCUUCGCAACCCUUUUGAAGAAGACUAUUAUCCCACAGUAAAUUAAUGGAUCAUCACAUGACUUCUUAACCACAUCAAAGGAUCUUGUCCCUGUGUUUGUCAGGUUCUUCUGAACAACUACUUGUAAAUACAACUUAAUAUUUGGCCAGACCUCGAGUGCUCUCUCUCUGACCACCAUCAAAUUUUCUAGACAUCUGUGCCGACAAAACGUCUUAGGACGUCAACUGGUGUAUCUUUAAAUAACCAGUAAAGGUUGCUGAGGGUGUGAUACAUUCCACUAUAAUGUAGCUACUCCAUCUUUGAAAGCUCCAUGUAUGUUGUGUAAGCCACAACUUCCAAUGUCCAACAAUUUUGUGUGAUGAUCUUUUUCCAACUGUGAUUGGAAAUUCCAGUUUAUAGCUGGACCAUCCAUGGACAACUGGAAAAGAGAAGAUAUAUUUCUCUUUAGCUGCUCUAUUCCAUGGUUAAAAAAAGAUACCAUAUCAUUUGCUGUGGCAUGUCCAAAAAACUCAGAAGUCAGAUAACGUGCAACUACUUUGUCAUUAUCCUACAUCCUCAUAUGCACAUCAAGUUGUUUUCUCUUUGUAACUUUGUUUAGUGACUCGUAACAUAAAGUCUCUACUUUUCUUCAUUGACAUUUGCUCUAUUAAUAAACUUCUGAAAUAGGGAGCCAAUCUAAACUGUAUCGUGUUGGAACACUUCCUACAUGACAAUGCAAAGGUUUGAGCAGUGGUACUGUCUGGAAACAUAGACUUAAACAGGUUUGGUUGGACCACUGCAUGAAUAGUUUGAUGCCACAAUAUUUCAGCUUGCAGGACAUCAUUCCCUCCAAUAUAUGAGGAAACUGAGGUUCUUCUAGUUGCUGUUGAAUUCUUACCAGUCUCAUCCUCCACAAUCCCUAUGGUCUGUGUAUAAAGAACCAUUCAAAUUAUGCAUAGCACAGUACUAUUCAUGAUUAUAAAAUAUAUGCAUUUAUUUAUGUUGUAUUAAUUUUUUGAUAAAAUUGUCAUAAACUAGAUCAGCAAAAACAAUUAAAAUUGGACUAUAUACUUAUACUUAUAGUUACUUGGCUAUUUUGAAUAAACAAAAUAUAUACAAUGAAUUUGAUAAACAAUUUAUUUGUUUAUAAAAUUUCUUUUAUUUAUUUAUGUAGUUAGCUUUUCAACAUUUCCAUGUGUUUCCUUUUGCAUGACUGCCGGCUCUCCCAUGUUUGACACAUUGAAUGAUUUCAUGCACACCUUACAAAAUGCGUUUGACUUUGAGUCUUUGUUAGGUCCCGGCCAAUCUGGCUUGUCUAUGCAUAAAUCAUUAAAAACACUUUCUGCACAACAUCACAAUUUUAAGUGUGUGCUCAAGCGUAUGACCAAGGACGUGCAUGAAAGAUCAAUGUGAGCACAGCACCAUUUGCAAGGGUUCUAGUAUGCAUGCACACCUGCAGUUGAGUUUGACUGGGCACUUGGAAUAUCUAUAGGCCCCUACUGUGCGUAGUAGGCCUACUGGCUAGAUUAUGAAUGAAUUUGUAACUAGUGUACCAUUUUCACUUUGUAGCUGUGAAAAAAACCAAAUAAAUAUUCUUUGUUACACAUCUAUACAUACACGUGUCCAGGGUAUGUAUGAACCCUGUAUAUAUAUGAUAAAAUUAAGAAUGCUGAAGGGUAACUUAAAUAUAUUAAAAAAGUAAAACUGCUGAAGGAUAACUUAAAUAUAUGUUAAAAAAAGUAAGAAUACUGAAAGGUAACUGAACUAUGUGAUAAAAGUAAAACUGCUGAAUGAUACAAAUAUAUAUGAUAAAGUAAGAAUGCUGAAAGAUAACAACUAUAUGAUAAAAGUAAAACUGCUGAAUGAUACAAAUAUAUAUAUGAUAAAGUAAGAAUGCUAGAAAGACAACUAUAUGAUAAAAGUAAAACUGCUGAAUGAUACAAAUAUAUAUAUGAUAAAGUAAGAAUGCUGAAAGAUAACAACUAUAUGAUAAAAGUAAAACUGCUGAAUGAUAGAAAUAUAUAUGAUAAAGUAAGAAUGCUGAAAGAUAACAACUGUAUGAUAAAAGUAAAACUGCUGAAUGAUACAAAUAUAUAUGAUAAAGUAAGAAUGCUGUUUAUGUAAAUUAAUGUUAUUUUUAAAUAUGUUCUACAAAGAGUAAGUUAAUUAAAACAUUGAGUUUAUGUAGUUUAGACCUCUUCCCAGGUUGUGGAGGAGAAACAAAACAUGGCAAGACUUAAUUGGAUCUUUGUAUUAAAUAUGUGUUUUGGCUAAGAAAAUACUAUCUUUAAUGUAGUCAUUAAAUAGAGCUUGUUUCAUAU